CGGUCGUACUGAGCAAGUAAGUGAAUGCAAAGCAGUAAUACAGUUCCACCUUAACUGAAGGGGAGGUUCUCUGGGUGUAACCCAAGCCUGGUGCUUGCUGGGUUUGGUUUCUCCCUGCGGUCACUGUCAGUCAUCACAGACAUGGCAGGGAGAGGGGAGGGACAGACAGACAGACAAACAAGGAAGUUCUCUACCUCCAGAUUGCAUUAUCAACCAGAGGAGGUUGCAGCACUUCCUAAUCUCACCAUGUCAGACCACUCUUAUUCUGACCGGCUUCUCCAGGACACAGCGUACUUAAGGAGCAAUAGGAAUUUAAAUGAAAGGACUGUGGACAAAAUCAUUUUGCAGCUAAACCGUGUCUAUCCUCAGGUUCUUUCUAAUAAGGAAGCUGAAAAGUUUAGGAGUCUGACAACUCCUCUCCGCACUCGGCUGGCUGAUCUACUGAAGUAUCUACAGAAAAGAGGGGAACGAGAAUGUCAGGAGUUCUACAGGGCUUUACAGAACAAUGCGGACAAGGUGUACGCUGCACUUCCGAGCAGGAGCAACCUGAAUACCUCAGAUCCCAUAGAAAUCAGUCUGAACCAGGAGAAAAUGAUCCUUAAUGACCAUGGGCCCAUCUUUUUCCUGGCGUGCUUUAGUGUUGCAGCAGGACUGGCAUUUUUAAUGUAUUACAAUAAUGCAGAAAUGAAGUCACCCAGCUCAGCCAAAAAAGUAUUUGGAUUUUCUGCCAUUGGAUUUGGGAGAAACAUCAGGAACAUCUUAAUAUCCUUUAUGGAGAACACAGCGUUGAGUCAAUGAGAACCUCAACCUCCAGCUAACAAUGUACUUGAAGCAAUCUGCUAUGCACUACUCACACCUUUACCAAAGAUUAAGAUUGUUAUUUGUCCAUGGUGUUCUUAGGUUGUCUCCAACCAUGUAAAGGAAAGGCAAGUAUUUUAUGGAAGAGUGGGAUUUUGUAUGGAUUUUUCACAUUUUGCCGUCCAAAGUUUUCUUAACAUUUAAUGUGGACCAAAGGUCAAUCCCAAAUGUUAUUACGUGAACUUUGGUAAAUGUGUUAUAUAUGAAACGUUACUGAACAAAACGAAACACAGAAGUACUCACAAUGGGUCAAGCUCAGUUAUUUUAAUUAUUGGUGUCUUUUUUUUUUUUUUUUUUUUGGAAGCUGGAAAGUCUUCUCAAUAGUUUUUCGUUAGUUGUAGAAAAUAGUUUUAUCUUUUAGUUUUGACUUCUGGGUUGAUCCAUAUCCAGAAUUUUCUGAAUUAUUUGUGUAUUGUUUAUUGCAUGUUUGAUGCUUUAUAUCUAAGAAGGUUUUAAUAUUUUUAAACUAUAUUUUCUUUUUGGGGUUUAUAUGAUUAUUAUUAUUUGUAUUAUGUUAUUUUAAACAGCCAUAGGGCAAUGUCACAUGCUCGGUGUACUAUAUGGACACAAUAGGUUAUUAGUUAUGGUGGCAGCCCCUGCAGAACUGGAACAUAAAUGGACAAACCGGUAAUAUGAUGUAGCCUUUAUAGUGACUAGAGAUGAGCGAACUUACAGUAAAUUCGAUUCGUCACGAAC